UGACGUUAUUACGACUCUGUCACGUCGCGCUGCGACUGAGGCGUGGCGUCUGCUGGGGCACCUGAAGGAGACUUGGGGGCACCCCCGUCGUGCCUCUUGGGCUGUGAGGAGUCUCCGCUGCCGCCACUGCCUGUGCUUCAUGAGGAAGAUGCUCGCCGCCGUCUCCCGCGUGUUGUCUGGCGCUUCUCAGAAGCCGGCAAGCAGAGUGCUAGUAGCAUCCCGUAAUUUUGCAAAUGAUGCAACAUUUGAAAUUAAGAAAUGUGACCUUCACCGGCUGGAAGAAGGCCCUCCUGUCACAACAGUGCUCACCAGGGAGGAUGGGCUCAAAUACUACAGGAUGAUGCAGACUGUGCGCCGAAUGGAGUUGAAAGCAGAUCAGCUGUAUAAACAGAAGAUUAUUCGUGGUUUCUGUCACUUGUGUGAUGGUCAGGAAGCUUGCUGUGUGGGCCUGGAGGCCGGCAUCAACCCCACAGACCAUCUCAUCACAGCCUACCGGGCUCACGGCUUUACCUUCACCCGGGGCCUUUCCGUCCGAGAAAUUCUCGCAGAGCUUACAGGACGAAAAGGAGGUUGUGCUAAAGGGAAAGGAGGAUCGAUGCACAUGUAUGCCAAGAACUUCUACGGGGGCAAUGGCAUCGUGGGAGCGCAGGUGCCCCUGGGCGCUGGGAUUGCUCUAGCCUGUAAGUAUAAUGGAAAAGAUGAGGUCUGCCUGACUUUAUAUGGCGAUGGUGCUGCUAACCAGGGCCAGAUAUUCGAAGCUUACAACAUGGCAGCUUUGUGGAAAUUACCUUGUAUUUUCAUCUGUGAGAAUAAUCGCUAUGGAAUGGGAACGUCUGUUGAGAGAGCAGCAGCCAGCACUGAUUACUACAAGAGAGGCGAUUUCAUUCCUGGGCUGAGAGUGGAUGGAAUGGAUAUCCUGUGCGUCCGAGAGGCGACAAGGUUUGCUGCUGCCUAUUGUAGAUCUGGGAAGGGGCCCAUCCUGAUGGAGCUGCAGACUUACCGUUACCACGGACACAGUAUGAGUGAUCCUGGAGUCAGUUACCGUACACGAGAAGAAAUUCAGGAAGUAAGAAGUAAGAGUGACCCUAUUAUGCUUCUCAAGGACAGGAUGGUGAACAGCAAUCUUGCCAGUGUAGAAGAACUAAAGGAAAUUGAUGUGGAAGUGAGGAAGGAGAUUGAGGAUGCUGCCCAGUUUGCCACGGCCGAUCCUGAGCCACCUUUGGAAGAGCUGGGCUACCACAUCUACUCCAGCGACCCACCUUUUGAAGUUCGUGGUGCCAAUCAGUGGAUCAAGUUUAAGUCAGUCAGUUAAGGGGAGGAGAAGGGGAGGUUAUACCUUCAGGGGGCUACCAGACAGUGUUCUCAACUUGGUUAAGGAGGAAGAAAAGCCAGUCAAUGAAAAGCCAGUCAAUGAAAUUCUUGUAAACUUCCAUUAAGAUUAAGUGGGUAGAUUGAGCAGGUAGGUAGUAAGUGCAUGCAGUUUGUACAUUGCUGCAUUAAAAGAUGAAUUAUUGAGUGCGUAAAGAUUA